AUGAGCGAAGAACAAAAUAGAACACUAGAAGAAUUAAGAAGAUUCAGAUUCAAUUGGAAACCAAUUUGUAGACCAGCAAGAGAUAAAAACGAAAAGAGAUAUCCACAAAAUAAAGAUAUUUUAGAAUCAAGAACACUUCAACAAAUAACUGGAGAUAUCUGGAAUACAAUAAACAACCUUAUUAAUCAGAUUAAUCCAACAAAUAAUCCAAGAUUAGGAGCAAUCCUAUUAACACUUGAAGCUAAAACUUCUAAAGCAAUCGUCGUGAGCAGUUUUAUCAAUCGAAAACAAUUUCAAAAGGUAUCAACUGAGCAUUCUGUUACCUCUGAAGGUGUUACCUCAGGUGGACUAUCGUCACCAGUUACUCAAAUUACUUCAAGACAUCCUGAAG